AUUGCUACAUCACUCUCUAUCAACGCAAAGAUUAUUAACAUGUGGGGUUCACGAUAACUAUAUCAAAUUCUGAACAUAGAAAUACAUUUAAUCCAAGUCUGAAAAUCGCUGUCAGACAUUUAGCUGUGAAAAAACACACUCUGUGUUGAGAUAAAAGAGAACGUAAAAAUGUGACGAUGCUUUAGGAGUAUACCUUAUUUCUCAGCAGGAUGCUAUGCGGUGUACCUCGGAUAAUGUGAAAACAUAACAAACAGCGUUCGUUUGAAAUGAAAUAAUUGAAGAAUGUAAUUAUUUAGAAACGUUCUAUGUUGGAUUCCAGUAAGAGAUCGGAUAUUGCAAUUAAAAGGGUCAAUUUUAGUGCCAGAAAGAAGCUGUUUUGAGCUAGAAUGUAGCUAGUUCUUUUGAUAAAAGGUCACAGAUGGGAAAAUAUUGAUAUAUUUUUAAUGAUAUUUAUGGAUAUGGAUUUAAAAAUCAAGUAGAAGAUUAUUGAUUGUAUCAACUAUCGUCUAGCUGGGAAUAUACUGGUUUCAAGAGAGUAAAAUACUUGUUUUGGAUUUAAUUAAUAUGCAAACGUACAAUUAUAGAUUUUUUAUGAAAUUUCAUGGAACCAAUUAAUGGGUCUAAACAGAGUUUUUCCAAUAUCGGAACAAGCAAGAGACAUUUUCUGGAUAAAUAUAUUCCACUACAAACGAACAGUGGAAGGAGGAUACACUGGCUGCACAUGUUUCUGUGAGAAACUUAAAAUAAAAAAACGAGAGAUGCUGUUACCACAUGAAGCGUUUAAUGUAUUUUAUGCGGCAAAAAAAGGGAGUGGACUUAAAUCAUAGCAUUAUAGAAAGUAAUAGAUAUUUUAACCGGGGGAAAUGCAGUAUAAAAAAACUUAUAUGUCUGUUUUUAGAAAUGUGAAUGUUUCACAAGAUGACUACAGAAAAUAGAUCGAGUGCACUAGAUAAUUCUACUCUGACAGUUCAAUAUGUUGAUGAAGUUAAAACGUUGCUGUAGCGUUCGACCGCUACCUCAUGGUCUGCCGUCCUCUGAAGAGGAUGACAUUGGGCAAGCAAUACGCGAAGAAAACCUGCAUUGGAGCUGUAAUGCUUGGUCUGCUGACACAAUGGCCGUCGAUAAUUAUUUACGGAACAUUUGAACUGAUGGUUCCGAUUCCACAACCGAAUACAACACUUACAACUACAAGUGUAUUCGUUCUCGGUAAAACUUGUCUUGUAACAAAUUAUUACUACUACGAAAACCCUACAUUGACCUACGCAUUUCAAGGAUUUCUUUUCGUUGGACAUGUUGUGAUUUUCAGUGCUUUGACAAUUACGUAUAUAAUCAUAGGCAAGAGGCUGUAUAUUUCUUCACAUACUGACAUCGAUUCAGUCGAAAGUAAGUCAGGACUAUUUAAACGCGGACUUUUAUCAGCAAUUACAGGUUCAGUUUUAUGUGGCAGGAGAACAAAGUCAAUAAGUCAAGAUAAUAUAAACACAAAACCAAUCAGGAUAUCUACAUUGAGUGAAGUUUCAAAUGCAAACACAAGGUUCUCAACAUUAUCAUCUGACAGUGAGGCGACGGGCAUUAUGCAGGGAGUACAGAACCCUGGUGUAACGGGUAACUGGAAAGGUGCAACAGAACAACUUCAAGGCAAUGACUCUGAGAAAUACACUGGCAAACGCAAUUCUUGUACUUACUCUGUGGCAAACCGCAAAGUAGAUUUAAAAUUAAAUGAGAUUUCAACAGAUUUACAAGGAAAAGAUCAUUCAUUUAAUAUCACGCGCAAUAGUAAAAUUUCAAUUAGGUCCCAGCGUCAGUUAUCACAACCGAAUGCGACUCGUAGGUCCUCAGACUCGCCUACAACUACAGUGGCGUAUCCUUUUCUACCUAGAAGCAUAAGUAUGGACGGUGCUCAACUGUUCUCUACGUGCUUAGAAAAACCGAAGAAACUGGAUUUAAAAGAGUUAUCACUGAAAAGAAAUACACUUAUCAUGAGGAUGGUAACAUUUACUUUUAUAUUAAGCUACCUUCCAUUUCUAGUCAUCGUCACUUUAAGGUAUUCUAAUCCCGAUAUACCAGGUAAAUUAUCAAGAAUACCAUUAAUUGUCUACCACGUGUUUCUAAGGAGUUACUUUUUCAAUAGUGUAAUCAGACCGUUUAUAUACGCUUGCAUGAACAAGGAAUACCGUUUAUGUGUGCUUCAGUUAUUGCAAAUAAGAAAAUGUGUUAAGUAAACAACUGUAAGACAUGUUUAUCGAAAAGCAAUAAAAUAUUGUUAAAUUUA